UCUCCGCCCCCUGUCGCUUGUUACAAACAAUUUUUAUUCACUUAUUCAUGUCAGGCAUUUGAAGUGAUUAAUCAAAACAAAAGCUUUAACUUACAUUUUACAGAAAACGCAUUUUAAAUAGCAAACCACGAGUUUAGGAAAACCCCUUUCUUUCUAGUCAAGAGCCCUAUGGAGUGUAGUGCACUAUGUAGUGCUGCUGCCUUCUGCUGGAGCCGCACUGCUCCAGCGGCCCGUGCAGAGAUGGCGAGGAAACCCCGUGGACACGGCACUGCUUUUUCAUGACGGUGUAAUGGAUGAUGAAGACGACCGCCGUCUUCUGGAUUUUAUAGGAGAUGUGCAAGCGUUAAAUGAGUAUCUUCAUGGUUCAAAUAGUAAAUCAAUUGGAGAAGAUGAUGUGACUAAUGCAGCAUUUGGGUCGGCCAGUUCAUUCUUCACCAGUGACACAGGUGGCUCCAGUGAAGGACUCAAAGAUGACCACAGUCAUUUGGGAGAGUUUGGUGAGGCUGAUGGAAGCAGUCUUUCGUUUAUCGAGGAUGACCUCGACAGUGAAACCUCACACGAUGGGGUCGAUCUUGGGGGCGAGGACCAACCCUUUGACAUCCUUCAGAAGUCAUUGCUGGAAGCAGAUAUUACAGAGCAGACAUUGGCUCAAGAAGCGUUUUUGGACUCCCAGCCAUCUCUCAUUCCAACAGCUACCGCCUUCCCUCAGCAGCUGGUCUCUGGAGGGUUUGGGGGUGUCGCAGGUCCUGGUGUGGUGGCACCAUUGUCACAACCUCAGGCUUUUAUACAGCAGGUUCCCCAACUACCCAUACCAAACGGCCCCGCUGGACACAUCCAGGUAGUGGGAUCCUUCAAUGGCAGUGCCUCCUCCAUGAUGACUAUCAACAGUUUGGAACAGUCUCAGAUCCUGUUGAGGCCAAGUGGAAAUGUGGUGACAAACAACAGCGGGCAAGGUACCAUGUUCGCCCCUUCGGCAGCUGGCCAGGUGUCAAUGUCCUUCAAUAAAGGGACGAUACCUCUACAGAAUUUUAUCAUCCAGAGAGGCCCUAUGCAACAGACAUUGGUUAGACCCAUUCAGCCUAAACCCUUACAGACAGGGGGACAAACCCUAUACAAUAUCAGCAACAUUGGGCUUCAACCCAACACCACCACUACUGCGAGUUUUGUCAGUAGCCCCUACACAGCCAGCGGCUCUCCUCAGUCUGCUCAACAGGUGAAAGUGGUCAAUCCAGCCAGCAGCAUUGUAAUGCAUUCACCUCUGGGGCAACAAGCUCAAUCACAGUCCCAGUCCAAUCUGCCUCAAGGGCAGUUUUUGGUACCCACUUCUAUUUCCCUCACCUCUGGUACGACUGUUCACGGCUUCCAGGCUGUGAAUGGGCAGGUGUUGCAAACAAACACUCAAGUGAGCGACCAGUCGUCAAUGAGCACUACCACCUACUCCAUCCUCACCAAUCAGAACACAACAGUACAGCUUAUCGCGGGGCAGAACUUUUCAGCUGGAGGGCAGCUAAUAGUCAAUCAAGGAUUGGUUGCUGGAGGUCAAAUAGAUCAAGCUUCACCGACACCUGUUGUGCAGGUGUCUCAAAGGCCUGUUGCCACGGCCAAAGUUUGGACUGCCAACGCGUCGCCUAGCCCAACCCCUGUACAGACAUCACAGGCUUCAGGCCACCUCACCAUGGUCAGUUCUGGCAUCCAAGGCCCACAGGUUUGUCAACAGUUAUCUGUGACCCCAGGACAGCACCUCCUGAUGCCCGUGGCCCAGAACUUUCCAGCUGCUUCUGGUGUUCAGGAGUUUCAAGUCUCUUUAAACCAGGACACCACAGCAGCAACACAUAGAGGGCAAACACAAUUAGUUAAUCUUCUCGGUACCAAAGCUAUGAAAACACUCACUCCUAUCAGUCAGGAAUUGCCUCUCACACUGAAGCGACCUGCAACUCAACAGCUUACUCGAGGAGAAAUGGUUCUCCAGCAGUUAAGACGAGAUCACAGUGGAGUCAUGUCUUCAGAGCGGACACCCUUCACUUCAUUUAAUGAUGUCAUGGACAGAUUACUGCCCUAUCAUGUUUUCCAAGGCUCACCACCACGAGAUGAAGAUUUCACCAAAGUUGAUGAGGAGUUUGAGGCAGUUGCUGUACAAGUGUUAAGCAGAACGCAGGUCAUGGUGAACAAAUACAGGCGCUUACUCAUAGUGGAGGCAGAGAGGUCCAGCCCUUCAUCAGAAAUGGUGAUGAUUGACAGGACUUUUAAUCAAGAGGAACGGGGCAACUUGACCCAAGACAAACGAAUGAUAUUAGUGGAUCCAGAUGGCUUUCUGGAAGACUUCUGCUGUGGCACUAAACUGAAGAUCGAAAGUCCAGAAGUUUUGACCCCAGCCGCUCAUGAGGGCAAUCCCAACGUAAUGGAGACAUCGCCAAAGCAUUCCAUAAGUCACACCGGAAGAGAUGGGCAGGGUAUGAACAGCCACACAGAACCUGCUUAUAGGACAGAACCUCAACAACCAGGAAUAGAGGAACACAGAAGAACUCCCAUCAAGUGCAUACUGGAUCUAAAAAAAAAGAAAUCCAACAACCUAAUCAGCAGCAACAGUCAACAUGCACACUACCCUACAUCUCCCAUCCAAUCACGGCAUAGCUCCGCCCAAGGCUACCCUCCGAACCUGGUGCAGGGUCAUGAACAGCAACAUCCCUCAGAUCAUAGUCACGCUCCAUUGGCUGACACUGACUCUGUGCUUGAGGCUGCCGUGAAUAGCAUCUUAGAAUGUUAGACAGUGCCAUAUUUAUGUUUGUUUGUUGUUCCAUGUUAAUCUCAUUUCAUUUCAUGCCAUGUGUGUGCAAGCUGAACUCCACGGCAUGUGUGAAUGGACGUACAUUGGCAUUAUUGCGGGUUAAAAUGCACACAAAGGCUCUGAUGAUGAUGAGGAACAGGAAGGUGAAUCUGGUGACGGUUAUACUCUAAUACUGUGCCUGUUGUCCUAGAGAAGUUUACAUAAGAAAGCCUUUUUGACAAUGCUUCACAGGAUACACUUUUAAUCACACACGCACAUUAAUAUAUGCACACACACACACACACACACACACACACACACACACACACACA